GUUUAACGGAUAGGUGCCAAAAAGUAGAAGAUUGAAACUAGAUAAGCCUCUCUCAUCCUUUCUCCUUCUGAUAGCACCAAACCAAACUCUCACUUCAUUUCAAUGACUUAAAUUUUCCACUGAAUCAUCUCAAACCUCAUCCUUUCUCUCUAUUCUUCGUCAAUGGCGUCCAAAAUUCUUCCACAGGCAAUUCUUACGAUUCCGUCGAAUCAUUCACUUCAAUGUCCGCCAUUGAAGAAGCAGUUAGGGUUUCCAGUUGAAACUUAUCGCCGAUUUUCUCUCUCCAACUCCAGAGGUAAUUCUAUGGUUUCUAGGGCUUCGUCUAACCUCUUUAGCUCUAAUUUCAGCACAAUUUUCAAUUUUCCCGCGAGAAAUUCCUUCGUUGUGAGGUCUGAAGCUGAGGAGAGCUCCGCCGCUUUAGCUGAGAUUGUUGAGGAGGAAUUGCCGGAGAAUUCGGAAGCCGAAGCCGUAGAAGAAGAUGAACCUAGGUCACCUUUUAAGCCAAGGACUAAGUUGGGAGACGUAAUGGGGAUAUUGAACAAGAGGGCAGUUGAAGCUUCGGAGGAGCAACGUCCAGUGCCAGACAUCAGGACUGGAGACGUUGUGCAAAUUAGAUUGGAAGUUCCAGAAAAUAGGCGUAGGCUAUCAGUGUACAAAGGUAUUGUAAUUUCAAGGCAGAAUGCAGGUAUUCAUACCACCAUUCGGAUUCGGAGGAUCAUCGCUGGUGUAGGUGUCGAGAUUGUAUUCCCCCUGUACUCACCAAAUAUCAAGGAAAUAAAAGUAGUUGCUCACAGGAAGGUUAGGAAGGCCAGGCUAUAUUAUCUAAGAGACAAACUUCCCAGGCUCUCUACUUUCAAGUGAAAACAUAGAAUUGGCUGAACUUUUCUCAUCUUGGAAGCUUUUCAUGCUUUUAUCAGUGUUUAUGGUUUAAGUUGUUUUCAUAUUGAAAGAAAUUCUUUUUGGAAGAUAUAUUUUAUUUUGAGUAAACUUCUACUUGUAAUUUUGGUCCUGGAAACCCCUGGAGAGAGUAGAUACAAUCGUACAAUGUGGGUUGUUUAUAUCUUUACGAAUGUUUAUGAAAAUCUCUAUUAUGAAGUAUAA